AUGUUGGCUAAGCGGCUACCCUUACCAAAGUCCAGCGCAUCUUUCUCAGAAAUAUCCCAAAGAAACGACAAAAUCUUAUAUAAACUAAUCCGCAAGCGAAAAGAAACCCAAUUUGAGCGUAAGCGAGUCUCUAAUACAAAAUCAAAGUCUCAAUCAGCUUUGAAAAAUCUUUUCAAUAAGCCUAAAAUUGAGUCUCAAAAUUCCAACAAAGAGAUCUCCAACAUCUUUACCCCACCAUCAACCCUAAACUGUGAUAAACCCAAAAUGAAGAUUUGGCUUACCAAAGGGAAAAGACUGUCGCUUUCUUCAAAUUCUUCUUGUGAAAAUACCCUUGUUUUGAAAAAAUCAAAAUAUAGAUAUAGUGUGAAGCAGAGUAAUGACUAUGAAGAUAUUAAUUUAAAGAGAAAAAGAUCUAUUCAAGAAGAGGCAAAGGAACUUGGAGGAAUUUAUGGCCAUCAGAUGAAGAGAUUUAAACAUUAA